GUUUCUCAUACACGCGCUUUUCUUUCUCAGUAAACACUUCCCCAAACUAGGGUUUAAAAUAAAAAAGAAAGUGGGGAAUCCGAUUCAAGCAAGGAGCCAGUGAAAAGCGAAAUACUCUCGAAUCAGCUUCUUUCUUGUAUAUAUUUAUAUAUAUAUAUUAAGAAGAAGGGAAGUCGAACACUCAACGACACAGCGAAAAUGGGAAGAGGGAAGUUCAAGGGCAAGCCCACCGGCCGCCGCCAUUUCUCCACACCGGAGGAGAUGCUGGCUGGUACCUCUUCUCGUCCUCGCACUUUCAGAAAGGAAGAAGCUGAGUUGGAAGAAGAAGAGACGUCUGAUAUAGAGUCUGGAGAGGAAUCUGAUGAUGUAUCUGAAAAAGUGAAAGGCACCGAGGGUGUCAUUCAGAUUGACAACCCCAAUCUCGUAAAGCCGAAGAACAUGAAAGCACGUGAUGUUGAUUUAGAGAAAACAACUGAGCUUUCAAGGCGUGAAAGAGAGGAGAUUGAAAAGCAGAAAGCUCAUGAAAGGUACAUGAAGCUGCAAGAACAAGGGAAGACCGACCAAGCGAAGAAAGAUUUAGAACGUUUGGCCCUUAUACGUCAAGAAAGAGCAGAAGCUGCUAAGAAACGCGAAGAGGAGAAAGCUGCCAAAGAACAGAAGAAGACGGAAGCUCGUAAAUGAUCUUUUGGACAUGAAAUGAUUUUUGUUUAGGUGGUUAUUUCGAACAAUAUUGCUACUCGUAUGUCGUGCUGUUAACAAUGUUCAUCCCGUUUUCGUUUUACUUUCUGCCAGAUUUUAUUGUAUCUCGAUAAAACAUAAUACCCGUGCAUUUCGUUUUAUAUACAAGACUUUUAAAAAUACUUUGAAUUU